AUGCCGAUCGCAGACGAUCCGUCAUUCGUCCGGAGGCAAUGGGGAGGGAGGGGCAGGAAUAAUCCGCCGUGGUGGUGCAAUUUCUGGCCCCCAGCUUGCUCAACAUCCACCGGUCCAGGGACUCCAAGCGGCGGGAGCACCCCAAGCUCGACAACCAAAACGCCGAUCAGGGCGCCGACUACCACCUCGCCAAGGACCACUGUGCCGCAGCACACGCCCCCCAUAGCAACGCGACCCCCUGCUGUGCCGCCGGCUGCCACACAAUCUCCAAAACCAUCGGAUCGUCCUCAACCUGUUCCCUCUUCUACUUCCCAGCCUCGGGUUCCGUCACCAAUGCCUCCGCCAACCGACACCGAGCAGACGAGCGGCCAAACGGCGUCCGUGGCGCCCGUGUUCGUGCAGCCCGGUGGCAGCAGCGGAAAUAAACCCGGGAAAGGCGACGACAACGGGCCGCCAGGCGGGGAUUCAGGGUCGGGGACGGGCACGGGAGAUGGGAACGAAGAUGGGGGAUCAAACGGUACCGGUGGCUCGGGACAUGGCGACCCCGGCUCGAGCACCGCAAACCGGCCGACACAAUCUGGGGUGUCAUCGGUACCAGCUCCCUUGGCAACCAAUCCAUCCAGUACUGGUGGAAUUGGAGGGGGGAAUACUGGAAUCACAACGAACGACAAAGACGGCACAUCUGGUGGCGGCCUGACACCUGGGGCGAUCGCCGGUAUAGUUGUGGGCUUGCUACUUCUUCUCGCUCUUCUCGCUCUUCUUCUUUACAUAUUCAGGAGGUCAACCGCAGUGCAACGCAUGCUGGCACCAUUCCGCAAGCUCGGAGGACAAUCCAGGGGUUCCCCUCGAGUUGAUACACCAGGCGGCGAUGGUAUGGGGAGAACCCUCAUAAGCCCAGUGCCCACCGCAGCAGCAGCAUUAACGGCAGGAGGAGCAGCAGCCGCUUCGGCCGCCCGAAACCGCAGUGGCCGCGGCGGGCAAUCCCAACCCCCUAUGCGUCAGACGGGUCGCCUACAUCCCCAUGCCGCUCCGCCGCCCGGAGUUGGGCGAGACAGCAACCGCGUGUCGACCUUCACAUACGAUUCUGUCGCCACCACUGGCUUCACUCCAUCCCCCGUGUCGCCGGUGUCCGCAGCAAGCAUGCUCUCCCCAGGGAAAGUCCGCACCUCGCACCCGAUCCAGGCUCCGCCAGAUCCUCGAAUCAUCGCAUCCUGUCCAAUGCUCAUGUCACCAGGGGAAGCAUGA